CCAAAUUUGACGUUCUCAUUUUUGAUUCUUUUAGUGGCUGUGAACCAUUGCUGUGUUGUGCAUGACGUCUGCUACACGCAUCAACUGGGACAAGAGCAAUGUGACGAGGAGUUCUGCGGGUGCAAUCGAAAAGCUGCCAUCAUAAGACGUGACUGUUUGGAUCUGCUCGAGGCCAGCUGCUCGUUAGUCCAACUAUUCGGUUUCGGUGCAUAUCGCCACAGCGCGAACUACACAGCGACAUUGUCGUCCUGCGCACUUCAACAUAAUUUGUGUGAGGAUUCGCCAAAUGAAUGUGCCCAGACACUUUCCGAAUGUUUACUCGAUGCGGCUAGCGUAGAUGGAAGUGAGUCUUGUCGCGAAGCUGUGGCAGUGAUGUCCAGUGCAGCACUGAAUGAAGCCGACAAAUGGCAGAAUUUCUUCAGGAAUCGACUCUUCCUAGGAUCGGAUAUACUGAAAAUGCUUAUGGGCGCCUGUUUGGUGGCGUUGGUGUAUUUUGUUCUACGACUGCGUAACGCCACGAAGUUCGACGAGAAAUCGCUUAAAUAUUCGCCAGUCUGA